AUGGCGCCAGGACAUGCAGAACACAAACCCUUGGGGCUCAGAGACCUCAAGUCAAAGGGUAGAGGGAUGCUCCGGCUGUCUUCAGGCUCUUGGCAACUGACAGCGACAGGUAAAAUUCAGAAUUCGAACAAACCUGCUGCGCCGAAGAGGAAACGUGAAGGUGACUCCAAGGAGAAAGCAGCAAAAGUCCAGCGCAAGUCUCGAAAACCAGAACAGCCUAAAGAAGCAAAGAAGUUCUUAUGCGUAGGACUGGACAUUGGAACCACGGGAUCAGCCAUUGGCUAUGCGGCUAGCAACGCUGCUCCAGACGAAAUCACCGUUCUUGACCAUUGGGAGGGCCAUGUCGAGGUGAAAGUGCCAACAAGAAUAGCUUAUGCUUCAGAAAACGACUUCAAGACAGACAAAUGGGGGUUUCAGGUAGAGGGCGGAAUGACAAUUUGCAAUUGGAUAAAGCUUCUACUUGACGAAAACACGGUCAAAGCAGACUUUGAUGAUCCUCUGCUCCAGCAAGCCAUAGGCCAAGGUCUCAUGCACUUACCUGAGGGAAAAGACGCCUCCGAGGUCAUCAAGAACUUUGUGUCCAGAGUCCGAGAGCAUUUCCUCAGACACUUGAACAAUACGAUCCUCGAAACGGCUGUGAAUAAUACUCAGAAGCGAAUCUGCGUACCAGUUCCGACCACCUGGUCGCUGGCGGCUCGAGAAGCCACCCGGCAAGCCGUGAGCAAGGCCGGGUUUGGAGAGGAUGAGCGCGACGAGAUAAUCGUCAUUGAUGAGAGUGAGGCGGCUGCUCUGGAUGUGAUCAAAUCGUUGGAGAAAUCUUCUGAUGCAGAGAGGUUAAAGGAGGGCUCGUGUGUCAUGGUGUUGGACUGUGGAGGCGGAACGAUCGACAGUGUUUCGUAUAAAAUAACCUCUCGCGAGCCUUUACAGCUAGAGGAGGCAUGUGCCGGCGAAGGCGCAAAGAUAGGCGGGACAAGUAUCGAUCGGGCUCUUCACGCUCUGAUGCAACAGCAUUUCGGGGUUGCAUUCAGCCAACUCCCAGUGAGCAAGAUCGGAGCGGCGAGUCAUUUCAUGCAGGAUUUCGAAAGUCAUAAAAGAAAGUAUGGCAGCCAGAGCGAGAGCAAGGACCACUGGCUCCGCCUCAAUAUGAGGAAGCUGGAUGAUCAGGACGAGAAUAUUCGGGACCGUUAUGAUUUCGUGGACCUGGCUGCGAAGAUCACGAGUGCCGAUAUGCAAAACAUGUUCGAGCCCGUUAUCCAGAAGAUGUUCCAGAUCAUCCGUGCACAGGUCGCUCGAAUGGCAAAGACCAACCAGUCAGCCACUCUCUCGAUAAUUGCAAUGUGUGGAGGACUUAGUUGCAACCCGCACAUCUUUAACCGGGUCAAAGACUUUGUCAGCGGCUUCUUCGAGGAGGACUCCGUCAAAGUUUUGGCCCUUCGCCAACCAAUGACGGCUGUGGUUCGAGGAGCAGUUCUGGCUGCCCAAGGAUGCUCACCUAUUGUGUGCAGACGAUCUCGGGAGUUUAUCGGCACGCAGGUUCACUGCCCAUGGGACGAAGCCAAACACAGACGGGAAGACAGAUUCGAGUGUCCCGUGGGCGGUUCUAGGGCAAAGAACCAGAUGAAGUGGAUAGUCAAAAAGGGCCAGAAGCUGAAGCCUGAUAUGAAGGCCAAGGUGCAAUGCUAUUAUGUCGUGGAAAACGCGCGCGCAGAGAUCAAGAAGGCUGUGAUCGACCAGGUUUUGUACAGGUGUGCAGAAGAUACUGCCCCAUCUCGGGUGGAUGAUCCUGGAGUCGAGGAGAUAGGCGUGAUACGAGUGGAUAUCACCCACAUUGCACGCAAACGGCGCGCAGACGCCAGAACAGGUUGUCGAACCUAUCCAGCCCAUAUUGCUAUCGACGUUGAUAUCGAAUUGACGGUAUCAAGCAACAAAGGCGUUCUGGAAGCUGUUGCCAAGAUCAAACGGACCAAGGUUGGAAGCACCACCAUCACGUAUACACCAGCUCCAGCGUGGGAGCAUGGUCUCGUUCGAAAAGACGAGGAAGAAUGA